AUGUAUUUUGAGGACGACAGGAUAGAUGGGUUCGGGCAUGGCUCGAAGCGCGAUGGUCGGGAGUUUGAUAAUGAAGUUCCUCCAAAAAAGGUUCAAAAGGGGGAUGUUUCAAAUAUAUCAGUAAGGUUUUUGAUACCAGCUCGUGCUGCCGGCCUAAUUAUCGGCAAGGGUGGUGAAAACAUAAAGAGGAUUCGAAACCAGGUUACUAUUUCUUCCGCUUUUCUUCUCUGCUCU